AUGCACAAUCUUAUUCAUGAUCUCACGAAAGAAGUUGCAGAUAGAGAGUUCUUAAGUAUCAGUACAACUGAAGAUACAGAAGUUGUACCAGAACAAACUCUCCAUGCUUCUUGUUUAUUCCAGAUCGAUGGUUCAUCGGUAUUUCCCAGUGACUUCUAUAGGAAGCAUAUCAAGUUGCGGACAUUUAUUUACCUAAAUGGUUCCCCAUACAGUGUCAUGAACAAUUCAACCUUGGAGAGAAUGAUUUCAAGUUUUGAACGUUUGCGCGUUCCACAUCUAUGUCAGCUGCAGAUAGAACUUCUGCCUCAAUCUUUAGGUGGACUGAAGCAUCUAAGAUAUCUUGCUAUUUGUUCUGAGAGCAUUGUUACUUUACCAAAUUCCAUCACAAAAUUGCAUAAUUUACAAAUUUUAAAGUUGGUUAAUUGCAAUAAACUCAAAAAGUUGCCAAGAGAUAUUUGGAGAUUGGUGAGCCUUCGACGUUUGGUAUGUAGAUUCUGCCACUCAUUAACCCAUCUUCCAUCAGGACUUUGGCAGUUGGCAGGUCUCAUGCAUUUGGAUUUUUAUUAUUGCUUAUCCCUGGAAGAUAUGCCACCUGGAAUUGACCAAUUGACGUCUCUACGGACAUUGACAAGUUUUAUCAUAGGCAAAGAAAGUUGCAUAUCUGGUCUGGCAAGUGACAAGUUGAAUGAACUAAAAGGCCAUGUUGAUCUCAGAAGUAGAUUAACCAUUAAAUUCAUGGGACGAGCCCAUGCAAUUGGAGAAAGAACACCGACAGAUGUAGUGAAUGUGGAAACCAUGAGGAUGAUGAUACUGGAGCUGAUCCGAUAA